ACGUUAACAACGUCCGUCGUCGGCAGUGUUUACUGGGCUCAAACGGCACAGCAUUCAGUUUGAUCAAAUUUGUAUAAAACCGUCAGUUAUUGUAACGCCGCAACGCACAAUUAAACCAAAUUUAUAUAAGUUUUUGCCAAGUUGUGAAAUUAAUCUCUGAUUAAUCUCCGUGUUAAGUGUUUAUUUCAUAAAUAAGACAAGCAACCCAUCGAUUUUAAACGGAAAAUUCAAAAUGUUGGAAACUGGGGUCAUGCAAAAACCGGAACUGGACGGAUCGGCAUCCAAUGGCGAAGACUACGAUCCCUAUGUGUGCUCGCUGAGUCCAGAGAUGAAGCUGCUGGCCAAGGAGGAUCUGCACGAGGAUGACAAUAUCAGGCGACAGGCACUUGCCCAGUUCCGCGAGUGGAUUGCAAAGCAUCCACACAUCAAGAAGUGCCGAACUGAUGCCAUUUUCUUGCUGCGUUUUCUGCGUUGCCGGAAAUUUUCCGUACCAUCGGCAUGUGAAAUGCUCGAGCGUUAUUUGACGCUCCGGCAGGUAAAUCCACACUGGUUCCAGAAUUUGGACAUCAAUGAUCCGGCCAUCAAUGAGAUCUUUGAUGCCGGCUAUUUGGUGCCGCUACCCCAGCGCGAUGCCGCUGGUCGCAAGGUGAUCUUCUCGGUGGCCGGUGCAUUUGAUCCGUACAAGUUCACCUCCGCGCAGAUGGUGCGUGUGCACAGCAUGAUCUGUGAGUCGCUGCUGGAUGAGGAGGACUCCCAGGUGUCGGGUUAUGUUCACGUCAACGAUGAGAGCGGCAUGAAUAUGGGCUUUGUCAGCCUGUGGUCUCUGACCGAUCUGCGCAACAUUGUGAAAACCAUACAGAAUUCAACACCGAUGCGUCACAAAGAGACACAUUUUGUGAAUAUACCCCACUAUGCCAAUCGUGUCAUUGAAUUGGCUGUCUCCAUGCUGAGCGAGAAGCUCAAGAAGCGUAUUAUCGUGCACAAGAAUGUGGAGUCGCUCAGGUCGAAAAUCGAUCCUGCCAUUUUGCCCAAGGAAUAUGGUGGAACUGUGCCACUUGCUGAUAUGAUUAAGGAGUUCAAGGCCAAAAUACAACAGCGUCGUGCCGCAAUUCUCGCCCUGGAUGAUAUGCAAAUUGAGAUCACCAAGGAUUCGGCCAAGUUACUGGGCCAUGAUAGUGGUGACAUCGAUGCUGGUGUUGUGGGUAGCUUUAGGAAACUGGAAGUGGACUAGUUCCCUAUGUUUAGACAGUAGGUUAGGCUAGGCUAAAUCAGAAUACCAUUGAGACACUUGACAAAAACAAAACAAAACACAAAACACACAUCAAAAUUGUUGCAUGCAAC